AUGGCGGAAAGAGAUACUUCAAGUAGGAAUACUCGAGGUAGUCCUCAUGCUUAUGAUGGUCCUAGUUUCUCUUUGGGAUUUUCACAACAACAACUUCCAAUUGCAGGAGAAUCUGCUAAAAUUGCUGCUGAGAGAAGAAGCAAGAAGAUUCAUGACCCAUCAAGGAUGCGUCAACUUCCUCCAACUGAAGUUCCAAAACGGAGCAAGCCAAAAGAUGAUGUACCAGUAAAAAAAGGUUCUAAAGUUGCUCAACAAAAUAAGAGAAAAGUAACCAAGCCUUCUUCUGACGUUAAGGGUAAAAAUGUUGUUAAAGAUGUAGAUCUGGAAGAGGAUGAACAGGAAACUAAAUUCUAUGUUAGGAGUCAUCCUGAAGAGGCUCCAUCGAUGCAACGGUACACUAAUAUCGAGAGUAAGCUAACUGUUCCACAGUUAGAGAUCUUUUCCAAGACAAUAUUUAGGAAAUUCCUCGGAAUGCAGCACCUGGAGGUUCAAGCACAGAUUUUUAGGUGCUUCAUGGUAAGAGAGCUCAAGGAGAGCACUUAUGAUUGCUUUACAAUUGAUAUAAAUGGUACCGUAUUGAGAUUUACCAUGAGAGAACUUGCCCUUAUGAGCGGGAUAAAUUGUGUAGCCGAUGAAGGUGAAUUUACAUACGAUGAGGAAAAAUCGAAUAGGAUUAUGGAUGUAUAUUUUGGUGGAACUAGGAGUAAAGUAAAAAGAUUGGAGUUCAUUGAUUGCUUUAAGAAUAAGUGUUGGGGAGAUAAUGAUGAGGACGCUGUUAAGUUUGCAAUUUUGUUUUUUAUAAAUACAUACAUCUUUUGUGGUGAGCCUAGGAAAACGAAUAUACCAAGGGUUCAUUUUGAAGUGGUUGAGGAUGGAAGGUAUGUAGAUUAUACAUGGGGCAAAGAAGCUUUUAAUGAGUUGAUUAGAAGCAUCAACAAGAAGUAUUCUGCCACAACACAGUAUUAUAGGAUCCAUGGGAUGCCACUGGCUAUGCAAGUUUGGCUUUAUGAGUGUUGUUCAAGAGUUCCAUCGUAUCUCUCUAUUAAAUCCGUAAAUUCCAUUCCAAGAAUGUUGAAUUGGAGGUCCAUCGACAGUCAGCCAAAAUAUAAUAUUUUGAUGGAAGACAUUUUUAGAGACGGCAAACAGUCGAGAUGUACAUUUGCAAAUACAAUCUCCACUAGCAGUGAGUUGGAGAGCCUCCAAUUGCCCGAUGUUGUUGUCUGUCGAGAUAUAGUAGACAAAAAUGUCUUAGUUGAUGCCAAUGAAGAUUCUCCACCUUCAAAGAGACGCAGACAACUUCCUACAAUAGCUUCCACAUCUAAGAAACAACAAAUCCACACCAAACCACAGACAACUGUGAAGAAGAGUCACAAGGAUCAAAAGGUUGCUCAAAAGCCUAUUUUACAGAAGUCUGCUUCACCAAAGUUGAAUGAACAAAUGAAUAGACCCCAAAAUACCACAGUCCUACGUGAUGUCCCUACUAUAUCCAUGAAAGAGGAAAUGCAAUUGCUAAGGAAAGAUUUUCAAGUUUUCAAGGAAUCAGUCGUUGGUGAGUUCACAAGUGAGUUGUCCAAGCUUCGAACUUUCAUGGAUGACAGCUUCAAGAAGCUAUUUGAAGCAAUCAAGGUGAACAAUUCUGCGGACAAGGCUGCUGAUAGUGAGGCGCCGGAGCAUCAAGAUGAUGCUGGGCUACAGUUAACGCCUGAAGAAAACUUACGUCAUGAUUCUACCAUUCAAACAUCUCCUCCGAAACAUGAUGAUGAGUCAAUUAAGGGUGUUGGACCAAAGUUACAUGAGGAAGUUCCGGAAAUUGUAGUGACCGCCGGAAAUUUAAGAGCAGAUACACGUAAAGCUUCAUCUGAAGAGAUUAAUCGAGCGGACGAAGGAUCUUUCAACUCAACAGAGGGAAUGGUCGCAGAGAUGCUCAUUGAGUUGCCUCUAGAAACUCGUGUACCAGAAGCAGGUGCGGGAAUACAACCCGGGGACAUCACUGAUCAUUCAAUUUUUAGAGACUCCACACAGAUUCAAUGA